AAAAAAGAUUACACUACAGUCAGCAGAUCACAACUGGAACAGUUGAGAUUAGAAGAGAGGAGGGAAUUUGAAGUUUUCUUUUAGUACAUCUUUGUUAAUCUUAUUCUUCGAAUUUGAAUCUCCCAAAACCUUAUUAUCUGAUCACAUAUAUCUCAAGAAGAUGAAGAAUAGCGAGAGAAAUUAUUCAGUCACCAGAAGUUAAAAGGUAUCGAUUUAGAUCUUCGAGCCCACGACAGAAAUACCUUUGACGUGAGCUGCAGAUUUGUGGGAACCUAACGAAAAAGAAGGGGGAAAAAUGAUACGGUGGCUCAAGAAAUUACAGGUCGCAUUUGGGGCUUCUUUUUUAUGGCUGGUUUGCCUGAUUUACUUCACCCAGGGUUUUAGAUCAUUCGUAUGGACAGCGGUGUCAUAUCAGCUAAAAGACAAGCUAAAGUUAUCGCCUUCUGCAUCUCAGUUUGUGACCUCAGUAGCCUUUUUCCCAUGGAGCAUCAAGCCAAUAUAUGGGUAUGCUCCUUACUAUGUUUCCAGUGAAAUGACAAGUAAAGUAGAACAUUAUGGUUUUCAUCAACUGCAUGAUAUGAAGGUGCUAUUGCUAAUCGUGUCGGAUUGCAUACCAAUUCGAGGAAGGAAAAGGAUCCCUUACUUGGUGAUUGCAACAUUGCUGUCUCUUUUCCCGUGGCUCCUCUUGAGCAUCAAUGAAUCCUUAAGGGGCUCCCAAAUUUCUUUCAUGAUUUUUUUGACAUUGCAAAACUUGGGCUCUGCAAUGGCUGAUGUUGUGAUUGAUGCAAUGAUAGCUGAGGCUGCAAGACUUGAGAGAGCCUCUUUUGCUGGAGAUCUUCAGUCCAUAUCAUGGAUGGCAAUGGCCGUGGGAGGAAUCUUUGGGAGCUUACUUGGGGGAUAUGCUCUAACCAAUCUACAAAUAGAUAAAAUAUUCUUGCUUUUUUCAGCCUUACAAGCCAUACAGCUGUUUUCAUGUGGUUUAGUUGAGGAAAGUUAUGUGGACAGUAUUGUUUCUUCCGAACACUCUAGUUCAAACGGUGUUAACGGAAAAGAUUACCAGGAAGAUACUUCCAAGAGCCAGUACAGUACUUCCUCCAAGAAGUCCAAGAAUAAUAUUUCGAGGCGAAAGAGGAACCAUAAAAGUGAAAAAGCGAGAUCUGUGACUGAACAUAAUUUUCAGGGCCCUGAAGCCCAGAGAUCCGUUGCACGUACAUGGCUCCAGUCUCUGAAACUGGCUUCAUAUUCAUUGUUUGGGGCUUUUCGUCAGCCUAUGAUUUUGAGGCCUAUGUCGUGGUUUUUCCUGGCACACGUGACUGUCCCAAACCUCUCAACGAUCAUGUUCUAUUACCAGUCGGAAACCCUCAAAUUGGAAGCCUCCUUCUUGGGCACGACACGUGUCGUCGGCUGGUUGGGCCUCAUGUUUGGAACCGUGAUCUAUAACCGCUUCUUGAAGAGGAUGAGAUUGCGUAGGAUUCUCUUAUGUGCUCAAAUUGGCUUGUCCCUAUUGAGUCUUUUGGAUGGGGUUCUUGUGUCAAGAUCACAUCUUACAGUAGGCAUAUCAGACAAGGUUAUGGUGCUUUUUGGGUCCGCUCUUGCAGAUGGCAUCAAUCAAUUUAAGUUCAUGCCAUUCCUGAUCUUAUCAGGGCAACUUUGCCCGCCUGGUAUAGAAGGAACUCUAUUUGCACUCUUUAUGUCUAUUAACAACUUGGGCUCAACAAUCGGAUCUUUUGUGGGUGCUGGGCUGGCUUCGAUUCUUAAUAUUUCUUCCGGAAAUUUCGAGAACCUUCUUUCCGGCAUCAUUAUUCAAUUCCUGUGCACUUUUAUUCCGGUUGCUUUUCUAUUUUUUAUACCAAAAGAAGCUACAGGAAUAUCAGCAUAGAUUUAGAAAAAUAACCAAAAGAGGUUAUAGCACAAAGUUUGCUGCCUUGGUCUUUUUGUCUCAACCAGCAGUUUAGAUGCAGAAAUCAAACUAGUGAAAAUUGAAAAACAAGUAAUUGAUUUACUUACGUGUAUUGUUAGCCUGAAAUCUAUUCGGUCCUCUGUAACCCCAGUGAUGUUUUAGUUGAUGAAAAUCCUUUAUUGUGAUGCGGACAAGAAUGAAACCUUCAAUUUUCUGUUAUUGAAUCUAUUUGGGUUAUUUGCAUAA